GUGCAAAUCAGUAGGAAUCACAAUCACCGAAAAACAGUAUAACUGGAACUUUCUGAUCGUUGCGCACUGUGCAAGGGCACAGUGUUCCGAUGCAGCACAGCUGGCAAAAAAUGGGCAUCCGCCGGAGUCUCCGGAGGUGCCCACUUUAGAGCGCGAGACAGACGCGAUCACUUCGCGAUCACCAUUCACACGCGCAUGCACGAGCUUGAACCCUCUGCUCGCUUUUCUUGUCACACGGCACGCAAAUGGGUAGGCUAGGCAAAACUUGGAACAACAAAGCGAAUGUCGGUACUGCCCGCACAGCUUCCUACAAAACACGAACACCCACAGAGCAAAAAGCGAAAUAUCAAGCAAAACAACGAACUGACAGCCAUGAUAUUGGUGGUGAUGGGAAAUCCUGGUAUUUGUUCUGAGGGCAAUGAGCUUUGCCGUGCUGGCAUUGGAUCUAACCGGCGGCCUUUCGGCAGAGGAGUGCCUAGCGCGUGGAUUUAGGAAACCUGAUUUGAUAUGCUCGUCGUGUAGGAUUUUGCCAAAUUUUGAUCUCGACUUUCUUAAAGAAGACUGCAACAAGUGCUGUGUGCAAACCGAGGAGCGGGCCACUGCAAAGAAGUAUGCCCGUGCUGUGCUGGAAGUAUGCGCAUGCAAGUUUGGACAUAUGCCUCAGAUUGAAGCAUUUUGCCGUGGACCCAAGCCAAAGCAAUUUCCGAACCUGACCAUCAAGUACCUAAGAGGUGCUGAUCCUAUCAUCAAGCUCUAUGAUGAAAGUGGAGAAGUACAAGAGGAACUCAGCAUUAAGAAGUGGGACACGGACACGAUCGAGGAAUUUCUGUUUGAGCACUUAGCUCCGUGACACGGCUUGGGAGACUCUGUAAAGAAUUUUCUGUAGAUAGGCACGAGGGAGGUGUGAAAAAUUGCGCUAACAGUUGAACCAUGGAUUCCUCCUGUAGGCUACCUUUUUAAUGUUGCUUUUGCAGUAAGUGCCGACACUUUUUUAGGGCACAUGCUGCUUCAAAAUAUUUCUGAGCUGUUUUUAUGCCAUGUGCUUGCAGUCUUGUGUUUAGCUCCUUCAUAUGCAAGAAAGUUUAUGGGCGUACUUGAAGAAAUGGAGAAAAAAAUACUAUCAAGGCUCAAUUAUUAGAUAUAUACAAACAUGUACAGUUCUGAAUGCUAACUUUUAACUUCUAUGUUAAUGCAACUAUUGCGAAUACUUUUUUUGGACUUUAACUUGCUAUUGCAUUUUGUUAUGACUGGGACUGUUUUUGAGGAGCAAUGUAUUUAAUGAUGUUGACAGUAAACUUUAUACAUUGUCAUUGUUUCAUUUACCAGUGCUUUAUUGUUGAAAAAAAAUUUCUUCACAGUUAAAUAAACCACUCUACACUGAGUACUAAUGUUCUA